GGGAAGUUGGGGCGCGGGGCGGGAGGGGCGCGGGCUGCCGACGUGGAGCGCCGGGCGGGGGAGGGGCCGCGGUCGCCUUCCCCACAACUCUCCCCCGCUGCCGCCAACCGGGCGUCCCCCCUUCCCAAGCGCUCCCUCCCUUUCCGCCGCCCGGCCGGACCCGGGGGGCGGCUACGUGUCAGCACUGCGCAUGGGCCGCGGCGCCGGCUUGGGAAGAGUGAGAAACUUUCCCGAGUCGCUGGCGCCGGCCCGCGCGCCCCCACCGCACGCACACACCCGCGCCUCCCGCGGAGGCAACCCCUCAGGGUCCCGCUUCCUCCGCACCCCCGCCCCCCGCCAGCCCCCUAGUCCGGUGCGGGGGAGGGGCGGCAGACCUGGGGCCCGGGCCGGUGACGUGGGCGUCCGGCCGCGGAGCUGCUCCCUCCACCCACCCCCCCCGCACCCCCCUCCGGCCCGGGAUGGGAGGGGGGGUGCCGGGGGUGCAGUGCGGGUGCCGAAGGGCAGGGCCGGGCCUGGGACAGUGGCAGGGCCGGUGCAGGCCCAGCCGCACCUCCACCUGCUGCCAGUCUACGUGGUCGGUGGGCCUGCUCCCCUGGAGGGCUGCCGCACAACUUGGACCCACCCCAGGGUCCGCGCACGAAAAAUACAUUACGGAAAAAUACCGAAUUUGGAUGAGAGGCGGGGAGGCCGAAGUCUGCUGAUACACCCCUGAUUGCCGCGACCUGUCUUCUAGCUUCUGAUUUACGUGUCGCCGUAUUGGCAAGAAUUUGGCAAUGUUAUUCUCCAUUUAG